CUAGAAGAGUCAAGUCAUAUAUUUGAUAUCAUAGUUCCAGAAGAAGAGUAGGUACCUGAAAGUUUUAAGGGUUUUGAUUAUGUUGUAGCGCUGAACGUUAUAGAUACAAAGAGGAUCAAAAGUAAAAUUCUAUUGAUGUAUGCAAAAGAAUAUUUAUUGGUCAAUACAAAAGAAGGCAUUAGACUUAUUCGAUAAAAGUUUUGGACCAGAAGUCCUUACACCUGAAGAUGUAAAACUAACGGGAUACAAAUGGGUUUUAUACAAACGCGUAAGGAAAUGUGUGAAAUUGUGAGAGAUAUAACACAAUUUCUCAUAGGGGGUUUCUCAUAGAAACCUAACAUUACUUAUGAGAGGACAUACUAUCUUGUGGUGUAUACAACUAUAUUGUGAAAUUUAAUAGUUUGGCAGUUCUAAAAGUAUGAAAUUUGCAUUUGGUAGAUAUUGUGAUAGCCUAUUUGUAUGGAUCCCUUGAUAAUGAUAUUUAUACGAAAUUCUCUAAAGGAUUAGUUUGCUGGAAGCAAACAUGUGACAAUCUCGAGAACAUUUAUCAAUCAAAUGACCAAUCCCUAGUACGGAUUGAGGCAAAAUGGAUGGAUAUGGCAUAUUCAUUUAGUGUAGAGCAUUUGCAUUUGGCAUGUAUGAUUGUAUUGACAUAUAGGCUUAUGCGUGUGACAUGUAUGAUUUUUGAUUUAUGAGAGUAGUUUGGUUAAUUUAUGUUGUGUGAUUUUGCUUAUGACCUUGUGGUAUGAAAUAAUUGCUUGCAUACAAUUGUGUUAACUAAGUUUUAUAUUUAUUUAGAAGAAAAUAGUUGAGACAUUAUUUUAUAAUGAUCUCAUAUCUUUUAGUUGAUAUGAACUCCAGAAGAGCUUCAUAAAGCAUGGUUUGCUUAAGGAAAGAAAAUUGAACUCCAGAAGAGUUUCAUACAACAUGGAUUACUUAAAGAAAGAAAAUUGAACAUGAAGGAUUUAAGAAGAUCCUUUUUGGAUCAGUACGACAAUGUCGGAAAGGUGAAAGGACAAUUUUGUAUGGAAAAAAUUGCAUAUGUUCAACAGCCUAAUGAUCAUAAGGUCACUAGAACUGAACAAAGAUCAAUUUAGGCCUUGAGAUAGAAAUGAAUUAUUAGGUCCUGAAGUACCAUAUGUUAAUAUCGUUAUAGCAAAAAUGUAUCUCGCUAUACUUCAUUAAGUUAUACUUUGUUACCUAUAGGUAACGAUGAGGAUCAUUGUUGAGUAAUUUGUUUACUUAUGGUCAUACAAGUAUCUCAUGGACAUUACAAAGAAAUCAUAAUAGCAACAUCAUCUGAUCAUGCACAAUGGUCAACGAUUCAUGAGACUUGUUAUGAAUUGUUUGGUUAAGAUUUGUGAUUCAAUACGUCUAAAUGACUUGUAGUUGUGGAUUAUCUUCACAUAAAAUGAUCAUGAAGAUCAUGUAUGAAGAAAAUGGUCCUAAUGGAUCAUGCAUAAAGUGACAAUCUAGAAGAUUUGUUCACUAAGAAGCUUACCAUGACAAUAUUUGAAAAUUUUGUUCACAACAUUAUACUUUGAUGUUGUCAUGGGAGGGAGCAUAUACGCACUGCACUCUUUUUUUCUUAACCAUGGUUUUUUCCACUGGGUUUUCCUGGUAAGGUUUUUAACGAGGCAGAUUCAGAUAGCGUAUUAUAAUGAUUAUGCACUCUUUUUCCUUCACUAGGAUUUUAUCCCACAGGAUUUUUCCUAGUAAGGUUUUAACGAGGCAUAUUCAUGUCUAAUAGUCAUCCAAGGGGGAGUGUUAUGAAAAUAUUAUUAUUAUGGAUGACCAACAUUAGAUGCUCCAUAGUACGUUACAAAUUCUAUGUAAGUCCUCUCCUUAUAUUUAUUUCUCCUUAUGACACAUUACUCCCACUUAUGUGUAUUGAUGUUAGAGUUGUAGGAGUUAUGUAUUUGUGCCUAUAAAUAGAGCACACAAAUGUACUAAGACAAAUGAAUAAGAAAAACUCUAUUCCCCUCUCUUCUCGUGUAUCUACUCUUACUCUUGUGUAUGUUCCUCUUCCUUGUUAUUUCAUAACAUUUACCCUAUUUUGGGGUGAAUCUAAAUACCAAUAACAUUAUCUACAUAAAAAACAAUAAAAACAUGACAAAUGAAAAUAUCAUAAUCUAUUCAUAUAACGAACACUUUGAUUAAGGGUGGAAAUCCUACGGAAUCACAGGGGAAAACUUGUGAUUAAUACUAGGGGGAAACGGGGAAAGUUAAUCUGCUAACUUGAAGAUUCGUUAGCAGAUACUAACUGAUAUCCAAAAUAGUUGAACUAAUAUCCAAGUACUAAAGUAUCUAGAGAGCACAGACUAGUAUUCAAAGUUUGCUAACUGAUAUCCACCAUGAAUCAACUAUUAUCCCAAAUUCACAAACUAAUAUCUAGACAAUACAGAAUAGUAUCCAAACAACACAUUAGUAUUCAGAUAACACAUAAGAGUAUCCAGAUAACCCAUAAAAGUAUCCACAUUUAAUACUAGUUGGUUGAUUGUGGAUACUAGUUGGUAUCUGCUAUCUGAAUACUAGUUUGUCAUGUUUUGAAUACUAGUCUGUGCUAUCUAGAUACUUAGCAGACUUGAAUAUUAAUUCAUACAUUUUAGAUAUUAGUUAGUAUAUACUAACAAAUCUUCAAGUUAGCAAAAUAACUAGGCUGGGGGAAAACAACCAAUAUCCAUUAAAAAAAUGUUGAAUCUUUGUCAUGUGUAAUGUCACUGUAUGUUAUGCAGGCCUAAGUUCAGGUCCUUAAACCCUCUUUUUUAAGAAGGAUCUUAAAGCAUUGUGAUUGGUUGAUUCAAUUUUAGGUAGUUAAUACUUAAUAGGGAGUUAUUAGUUAAUUAGUUGUUAAAGGUAUUAAGGGAAUUGUAAAUAAUUAAAAAACAUAACCAUAACUUUCUAUACACUCUCGGAUUUUCCCCCUCACCUGCAGCCGAGCCGUUUCUCUUCUCUUCAAAGGAUGUUCUCCGACCAUCCUGUCCGCUGCAGCCACCGGCCGUCCCUUCUGCUCCCGCCAAUUGGUCUCCGCCGUUCUCCGGCCAUCCUAUCCACCAAGUUCCUAUUCUCCGUCGUUCUUUCUCAUGGCCUUCAUCUGUCCAUCUUCAUCCCGCUGAAAGACCACUCGGUUGUCGACGUAGGUUGGUCUUCCGGUGUCGUAGUUUGGUCUUAAUUUUUGUUUGGGAGCGUCGUCGGUUGGUCUUCCGGUGGCGCACUCCCGUUCCCGUCGUCGUGAAGCAAUGCUCGCCGCCUUCGCUCAACAGCUGCCACCUACAUCCAUCACUCUCCAGCUUCCGUCAUCAGAGCAAUAUGUGUCGCAACAUCGAUUUCCAGCAUCACUUCAUUCCGUCGUCGGCGCUUCCUGUGCUCCCCUCGACGACGUUCAAUGUAAUAUUCAUGUCCAUAUUUAUCAAAAAGUUUAACUUGUGUCGUAGCUAUCAGUAACGUUUCUUUACCAGUUAUUAACGUUUCAACACUGCGUUAUUAACAUUUCUUCAGCAGUUAUAACGUUUCGCGACUACAUUAUUAAUGUAUAACACAGUGCUAUUAAUAAUGUGCUCAUUAUUAACUUUUCUUUACCAAUUAUUAAUAUUUAACACGGCACUAUCAACAAGUCCAAAUUGAUCCCUUUUCUGACGCUAUUUUCACGAAAUUGAUUCACUGAUAAAGUUCAUUAUAAAUUUAGGCCGCUUUGAUUUUAAAAUUUUUAAGGGCGAUGGUCAAUGUUUUUCCCCUUUUAACAAGAUUAGCUUAUAUUUUUACAUUUCUUAUUGCUCUAUGACUUUGGUUAAAAAAAUAUUGCGCUAUCAACAAACAUGUAUGUUAUUGAGAAAUUUUUUCUUACGACCAAUAUACAACCAUUAUAAAAAAAAUUAAUGCAAUAUUCUUAUGACCAUCGUAUGUGUGUGACUUUGUGAAAUGCCAUUAUGAAUGUUUUGUUUUUGUUAUUAACAUUUUUCGUUUGUAUUGCUCUUUGUUCACUCAUGGAUUAUCAAUAUAUUUAUAUACAAUUUGUAAUUUUUGACAGUGCUCCACCCAUUAUUAAUAUUUUCAACUUCAUUAUCAAUAUUUUUAAUAGUGUUCUACAAAUAAUCUGUUAGCUUAAUUAACGUGUACUAUUAUCAAUCGGUGUUCACUAUUAACUGUUUCUUCACCCAUUAUUAAUAUUUUCAAUGUCAUUAGCAACAUUUUUAACGAUGUGCUAUUAAUAAGUUGUUGGCUCGAUUAACAUGAACUAUUAUCAAUUUGUGUUCAUUAUUAACGAUUUUUAACCCAUUAUUAAAUUGUUCGCUGCACUACCAGCAAUUUUACAGUACUUCAGGAGAAUAGAUUGGAGAUGCUAAGGUCAACCAAGGAUUUGUUGUUGAUGAGCCAUUGGUUCCUAUGACCUGCAUUAUCAAUUGCAAAGUUCACGACUGGUACCAAGCUAUCAUCAUUCGGAGACUCAUCGUAUCCAAAUUCUAGUUUUGAAAUAUGAAGACUCAAAAAUAAAAUAAAAACUAAGAUGCAUUAAUUUUUUAUUUAUUUUCAUAUAUGUAAAGCAAACAACUCAACUCCAUCCCCUCAAUAUCCACUGCAAUGUCACAUUCACUUCCCGUUAAGUUGUUACCAACAUCUUGCCUCUCGAAGUUUUCAUCACAAGGUAUUUCAUUCAGAUGUGUAGCGUUGAGUAUAUAUCGUUAUCAACAACUUUAUAAACAGUUUAUAACGUC